UAAUGGCGGCACGUGUUCAAAUUUGAAGUUUUUACUACGCAAUGAAAGUGCACGCGAUUAUAUGUUUAACCUAGCAGAAAAAAACAAACAAUUAUUUAACUGAUAUAUCACUGUUGAAUGAGUGAGACCAUGAGGAGAGAAAUUAUACCAGAUAUGGUGUCAGAUUUUCUGACCUUCCCAGCAUCACCAUUUGAAAGCUGGGGCCGUAGUCAUGGCAUCUUAGCUUCUGAUAGUUCAAGCACUUCACCAUUAUUUGGACAAAUUAGUCAAGAUGGGGCAUGGAUUUGGGAGACUAGAGGACCACUCUUGGAAGUAUUUUCUACAAGUCAGUGUGAACGACAUAGUUCAUGGUGUUUUGGAGCAAUUUUGAAAGAUACAUCUGUUGUAAUUUCUGCUGUGACAGAACUUCCAAGCUCUGAAAAUUCUACACCUAGGCUUCUAGUAGGUGUGGAGUAUGCUUCCUCAGGCAACCUUCUCUGUCUUUUUGACAUCAAGACUUCAAAAGUUGUGAAAGCUGUGGAGGUUAAUGCCAAAAUCACUUCAUUGGCAGUCAUUAGCAGCAAGGGUGGAGCUUGUAUGGAAACCCGCCCAAUUUAUCAGGAACUUCGUUGCAUGUUUGGCUUGGUUGCUGUUGGAACAUCAGGUGGCCAGGUUCUUCUGGUGGACUUGAAUUUAGAUGAUGAAAACCAUUCGGAUGAGUUGACUCCAAAUCAAGUAGUUAUGAUAACUCAUCAGAUGCACAACAUUCCAGAAAGGCGUGAAAAAAACAUAAAGCAUAAUAAGCAUCUUUGUUUGUUGCUUAAUGAUGACAGCCUUCAGCGAGGUGCUUUCCUGUAUAAAAGUGAAGAUAACAAUCCCAUACAUAGUUUUAUUGUGGAUGAUGCUUUAUAUGUAAGCAGUAUUGAGUACUUGAAGCCUCUAACUGCCUUGGUCAUAGGUUUUAGUUUUGGAGGAUUUCAGAUUUGGAAUAUGAGGAAAAUGGCCUUGGAGUUCAGCUCGUUCCUAGAGUCUGGACUUUCACCAGUAGUCAAAGUUGCUUUCCAGGAGCCAGAAAAUGAUCCUAGAAAUUAUUGUUAUCUCUGGAUCGUUCGUGGACAACCAGUACUUGAGAAACAGAGACCUCAGAGGGUUGCUGUUGCAUCAAUGUUUUCUGUGACCUAUCAUAAAAAAGACUGGUUGGAUGGUUAUGGCUGCCUUUACCAAGACUUUCAGACUUGCUCACUACGUUUCCAGUACCCACUGACAAUAGAUCCAUAUUGCUCAGACUUAGGUCAUUCACCUGAGAACAAGAAUAAUAUUAGUCGUCUUGUGAGCUGUCACACCAUACAGCAGUCUAACAUAUGGGGAUCAGAGAGACAUGAAAGAGAAGAUUCCUUACAGAAUAGUGAUUGGGAUGACAUUCAAGAACUGAGUCUGUGUGUUUUGGUUUGGGAAGCCUGGUAUGAUGUGGCUGACACCAGUUCCCAUUGUAUCAUGUUAAUAUUUGAUAUUAACCAGUGGUAUCAAGCUCAGAUGCCUUCUUCAUUCAGAAUUUCAUGUGGAAAGUUCAGCUCUUAUGUUGAAAUAUUUUCCCUAACCAAAGUGCUAGAGGAAGCAGACAGAGGCUCUUUUCUUUUGGAUGCACACAUUGUCCCCAGUUCUCUUAUGAAGUUCAAUGCCAAGUCAUCAGUUGAACAGUUUUAUUUUCCAUCUUCACUAGGCUUUAAACUUUAUUGUUUAACUGAAAAUGGAACCAUGCAACUGUCCUUUCUUGGAACACAAAGACAGAUCUUGUCAAAGAUGGUUAUGAAUGGGCCGAGCAUCCUUGUGAAUCCACAAAGUCUAUACAGCAUGUGUUUAAAAGCUGGACUUAUACCUCAUUGUCAGGAACUUGAUGAUAUAUCGAUUCCAACACAGAGAGAAGCAGUUCUAUCAGUGGCCCUUGAGUACAACUUGUCUAAUUUUUUUGCUGCUUGUAUAAAUCAGUGGGCUUCCAGUGAUGAUCACACUGGAUGCACUCUCAGGUUUUUGUGUAAUUGGGCUUGGAAGAAAGUAAGCCAGAUAAAAACAAGUUUUGACAGACUUUUAGUUCCAUUCUUCAACUGUUCUGGACAAGAACUGGAUAAGUCUACAUUAAACCUUCUACAGAGCUACAGUAAUCAGCUGAAUCACUUAGCCUGUUUGUUUCAUCUCCUGCAGUCCCAGUGUGAUUCUAUCACUCAGCAAGGUCAGGUGGAGCUAGAACUAAGAUAUGAGGUUACUGAAAUCAUAGCUCUAUACCUGAAGGUUACUCUGUGGAUGUUCACGUGUCGACUCUUGCCUGAACACAGUGAAGGCACAGCUUAUGGAGAAAAUGAGGUAGCUUACCCUGUCAAAAUCUUUACGGACACCUACACUAGGCGUAGACAAGAACUUCAGAAGCUUCACAGUACAGUUAACCACACAGACAUUCUCUUAAUUGAUGGACUUGUUUUGGAAAUUGAGUCCUGUUUGGACCAGCAUGUGUGGCAGAGGGAAGGAGGUAAUGGACAAUAUCCUCCACCAAGCUUGUAUGCAGCUCUGAGUUCUUAUCUUCUAAAAGGAGUACCAGUAGAUAAGAAACACUGCCUGAUCCUCUACCUCCUCCUGGACAUGGCAGCAUUCCUUUCUGAACGUCAGAGUCAUCUAGUGGAACACUUGAUGAAAUUUUCGGCUACCUUUCAUGUGAAUCCCAGCCUUGUAAAAUUGACCCAGGGGUUUUGGCUACUUGAUCAUCGAGAUUUUGAGGAAGCACUUUCAGCUUUACUUGAUCCAGUUAUUGACUGUUCUGACUUCAAGGCCUGGCAUCACCUUUGUAUUUUAAAAGCAUUUCUGUAUCAAGGAGAACACCAGAAGGCACUGAAAUAUACCAGAGUACGGAACCCUCCUCAUGAAACUGCCGAAGAAGUCAAACUUUGUCUAACGAUCUUACUAGCUAACAAGUUGACAGCUGAAGCCUUCCACUUCCAACGGCAGUGUAGGGACCAGAAAAACAUGGAUGAUUUUCUCUCUCACUUCUUUUUGGGCUGCCAACAAACACAUGUGCUGGAUUCCCUGUUACAGUUACCUUUAAGUGCAGUAGAAGAGGAGGCUCUUGUCCAAUUUUUGUACAAUAGCAAUGAUCCAAAGACUAAGGAAAUGCUAGUUAUGUAUUUUUUACAAAGAUGUCGUCCCUUACAGGCUGCCCAGUUGAAUGAGAAAGUUUAUCCUCAUUUAAUGGAAUCUGAUUCCUUUAGCCACAAAGAGAAGCCUAAAGCAAGGAAUGCCCUGGUUCAAGGGUAUCUUUUAUCUUUACCAGAAGCUCAAAAUCGUUUAGCAUCAGAAUUCUCUCUUCACCAACACCAAAAGCUGAACAAAAGACAAGAAGUGUUACGGCCUUUUCCUUUGUCAACUGUUGUCUCCACCAAACUGUUACCAGUGGUUUCUCAUUCAACUCUUUUUGAGUCUCUGAUGAAGAAAGUCACUGAAGCUGACCUUUGUGGUUUUCAAGAACCAAUAACCCCAUUCAGGAAAAGUUCUCGUGAAAAAACAAACCUUGUAGUUGAUGAUGUCCCAUUUGUUUGCACUCCUUUGACUCCUCGCAAAGCAAGAACAAACAGAUUGUCAGAAAUUAUUUAUCCCACUUCAGUGACAAAGGACACAUUAAAGCGAUCAGCAGAUCAUCAUGAUACACUAGGUUCUCCGAAGAAAUCUAGACUAGUGGAAAUGUCUCCCUUUAAGUCGACCCAUUUAGACCGAAGGAAGAGUGUCAAGCACCUUGGAGCUGAAAUUCUAUCCUUGCUCCAGACUCCUCCAAUCUCUAGAAAGCCAGUUUCUACAAAAGAUCAGAUACUUGCAUCUGCAGGCAGCACGCCUGCGAUUACCCCUUCCUCCAUUUUGAAGGUUCGACAGCUUCUUCACAAAACAAGUAGUUCACCAGCUGUUGGAAAAGAUAACCAAGAUGAAGAAAAGGCUGAUUUACUUGUUGAAGAUGAAGACAUAACACUGAACUUUUCAGUGCAAAAGAAACGUGAACAAUGUCAUUUUGACCAGAAAGGAAUGUUAUCUAGUAGAUCACCGCCAGAAAAAUCUUCAGCAUCUUCUGUGUGUAGAAGAACACCAUGUGUGGCCACUGAACGCCAGAUGGGUCAAGCAUUCCUUUCACCUCCCCAUGAAACAUCUCAUCAGUUUGUAACUACUGAAGACAUCAUAGAAACUAAAGCCUUAUCCACUAUCCACGAGGUGACUGAAUCCAUAUCUGUUCACAAAACCUUACUGGAAGAACACAGUACACAAAUUCAAGCCAACUCCAUUCCAGUAGAAGUCACUGAAUCAGUUCAUCCUUUAACUGAUAAAAACCUUAAUGUUGAAACUAGAUUAACUAGUCAUAAAGCCAUAUACCAGGCAAACAGCAUUGAAGAGGUAGAAACUUUUAAAAGUGAACAGUCUUUUGCUGACAAAAGCCCUAUAUAUUCCAGAUCUGUCAAGGGAAAAAAGAGUAUUUUUACUAAAACACCAGAUCAACAGAAAGGAGAUAUGAAGUCAGACCUUGAACGGUCAGUACAGAAACUGGAAAUCAUAGUAACACCACCUAAAACAUCAAUUGAAGAACAACAAGAUACAGUAGAACCUUCAAAUACAUCUGUUGAUUCUGUAGAAAGAGAGAGAUUCUUAACAACUUCCUCUAAAACACCAUUAAAAAUAGUUAGAAAUUCAUUAGGGCCUUCAGUGACAUCUGUUGAAACACCCGUGAAAGUUGGAUUCUCCUCUACACCUCCUGAAAUACUAGGUCAGGAAAGGAAAGACGUACUAAGAUUUUCUGAGACAACUGUUGAAACACCUGCAGAAGUGAGAUUCUCGGUAACACCCUCUGAAGUACUAGUUCAAGAAAGGAAAGAUCUAUCAGGACCUUCAGCAACUGUUACUAAUACUUUUGCUCAAACUAGUAAUACAUCAGAAAAAAUAAAUUACUCAGAAGCACACAUUGAAACUCCUUGUCCAGAAAAUAAAUCUUUGAUGGAACCCUCAUAUAUCUUCACUGAAAUACAAAAAGAAAUUACAGGACAUAAAAUGAAAGUUUCACUGGAACCCUCUGUUGCCACCAGGGAAAUACCUGAUCACGAAAAGAAACUUUCACUAGAAUCCUCAGGUGCCAUCAGGGAGACACAAGAGGAAACACCUGAUUAUGAAAUGAAAGUUUCACAGAAAGCCUCUGUUACCACCAGGGAAAUACCUGAACAUGAAAAUGAAAUUUUGCUAGAAUCCUCAGGUACCAUCAGGGAAAUACCAGAGGAAACAUCUGAUCAUAUAAAGAAAGUUUCUAUUGAAUCAUCAGGUACAAUAAGGGAGACACCGGAGGAAACACCUGAUAAUGAAACAAAAGUUUCACUAGAAUUAUCAGGUACCAUCAGGGAAACACCUGAUAAUGAAACGGAAGUUUCGCUAGAAUCCUCAGGUACCAUUAAGGAAACACCUGAUCAUCGAAAAAAAAGUUUUACUAGAACCCUCAGGUACUGCUAG